GGGCGCGGCGGGAGGAUGCCGAAGCCGACGCUGCUGCUACGCGGGGGCUGGGAGCGCGAGCGCAGCCCCGGGGACUCGGAGCUGGGCCGCCAGUUCCGGGACUGGUGCCUGCGCACCUACGGCGACUCGGCCAAAACCAAGACGGUGACACGCAGCAAAUACCAGCGGAUCGCUGAGGUCCUGCAGGGCGGCGGCGGGACCGGCGCGGGCAGCGGCCCCGCGGCCGGUGAGAAAGGCAAGUUCCAGUUCUGGGUGCGCUCCAAAGGCUUCCGCCUGGGCAGCGGCCGGGAACCCAAGAUGGGCCAAGUGGUGUAUGUGCCGGUCAAGACGGGCUCGGGGGCAGAUGGCCUGUCGGAGCCGGAGGGCAUCUCUCUGAAGCGGGUCGCUGUGGUGGAAGAUUUCUUUGACAUCAUCUACUCGAUGCAUGUGGAGAGCUCAGCAGAGCCAGGCAAAGCCCCCAAGCACGCCGGGCAGAAGAAAACCUACCGAGCGAUCGCGGAGACCUACGCCUUCCUCCCGAGAGAGGCCGUGACCCGGUUCCUGAUGAGCUGCACAGAGUGUCAGAAGAGGAUGCACUUUAAUUCCAACGGCCUGGAGCCCAAAGAAAACGAGCCUCCAUCUCCUCUGGUCUCGGGGAUCAUCGAUUACAACAUGCCCCUCACCUCCACGUACCUGAAGCAGAUGAAGUUGCGAGUGAUGAACUCCCAGGAGCAGGAUGAGACCUCUGUGAGCAGUGAAGACUUUGAUAUGAACGACUCCACAUGGAUGUCAGCUGACCCACACCUGGCCUCCAGCCUGAGCCCCAGCCAGGACGAGAGGAUGCGGAGCCCGCAGAACCUCCACAGCCAAGAGGACGAUGACUCCUCCUCCGAGAGCGGCAGUGGCAAUGGCUCCUCCACCCUGAACCCGUCCACCUCGAGCAGCACGCAGGGCGACCCUGCCUUCCCCGAGAUGAAUGGCAACGGCGCUGUGGCCCCCAUGGACUUCACUGCCACCGCCGAGGAUCAGCCCAUCAACUUGUGUGACAAGCUCCCACCUGCCACGGCACUCGGCACCCCCUCCUACCCCUCGGAUGGCUGCAGCACUGACGGGCUGCGGAGCCGUGUCAAGUAUGGGGUGAAGAGCACCCCUGAGUCGCCCCCGUACAGCUCUGGGAGCUAUGAUUCCAUCAAGACUGAGGUCAGUGGCUGCCCCGAGGACUUGACGGUGGGCCGGGCUCCCACGGCAGAUGACGACGAUGAUGACCAUGAUGACCAUGAGGACAACGACAAGAUGAAUGACUCUGAGGGCAUGGACCCUGAGCGUCUCAAGGCCUUCAACAUGUUCGUGCGUCUCUUUGUGGAUGAGAACCUGGACCGCAUGGUGCCCAUCUCCAAGCAGCCCAAGGAGAAGAUCCAGGCCAUCAUCGAAUCCUGUAGCCGGCAGUUCCCCGAGUUCCAGGAGCGGGCCCGCAAGCGCAUCCGCACGUACCUCAAGUCCUGCCGUCGCAUGAAGAAGAACGGCAUGGAGAUGACCAGACCCACGCCACCCCACCUGACCUCGGCCAUGGCAGAAAACAUCCUGGCAGCUGCCUGCGAGAGCGAGACAAGAAAGGCGGCCAAGAGGAUGCGCCUGGAGAUCUACCAGUCCUCACAGGACGAGCCCAUAGCCUUGGACAAGCAGCACUCGCGGGACUCCGCAGCCAUCACCCACUCCACCUACUCACUGCCAGCCUCCUCCUACUCCCAGGACCCUGUGUACGUCAAUGGCGGCCUCAACUACAGUUACCGCGGUUAUGGGGCCUUGAGCAGCAACCUGCAGCCCCCUGCUUCCCUCCAGACAGGAAAUCACAGUAACGGGCCCACGGACCUCAGCAUGAAAGGCGGGGCCUCGACCACCUCCACCACCCCCACGCCCACCCCCUCCAGCAACAGCACCAGCAGGACCAUGCCCAGCGCCCAGCUCAGCCCCACGGAGAUUAGCGCCGUGCGGCAGCUCAUCGCCGGCUACCGGGAGUCUGCGGCCUUCCUGCUGCGCUCGGCAGAUGAACUGGAAAACCUCAUCUUACAGCAGAACUGACCCCGCUGGCACCUGGAGUGCACUGCUCUAGGGAAGGAGGCUGUCCCAGCCCGGACCUGGCUUCCUGCCUCACCAGUUGGUACAUUUUGUUUUUUGAAAGAGGUGGGAUCCAAAAGAGCUGUUUCUAGCCACACUCCAAGCACCUGAGACUUUGGGCACAAGAACACUUUUUUUUUGGAAUCUCACCACACGGGUGCUCUGACCUGCUUGGAAGAGGCCAAUGGGGGCAGCUCUGGAAGAGUGGGGCUCCCCUGACAAGGCGCCAGGGCUGCAGCUCUAUUUAGAAUCACCUUCGUGGACCCUGAUGUUAGAAUCCCACUCCCAGAUAAUUACCUUUCAAGUCUUAGGUGAGCAUAAUUGCAUAUUUAUUGAGAAAAACAAAGUGGACCCUUUCUUCCUCUCCCCUUAGUAAUUUAUUUUUCUGAAAAUGGAUUCUUUUGUGUUUGUACAGAUUGCCAGUCUGUGUCUGUCUGAUCAGAAGGAUGUAUCCCUGUACCUAACAUUCCAUAUCACUACACUGACGCGGGCUGGGGCCGGCAGGGGCAGGGCAGAUGCCAGGCUGGCUGUCCCUCUGGGUGCCCAGCACACCCUGGGGAAGGCCACCACCCCUCGGCCAGGCCGUCCUGGAGCAGAUCCCAGUGCCGUCACAGGGAUACUGCCAGGCCUCCCCAGGCACCACCAAGCAGGAGGACCUCACCCACACCACUGCAAAACAAAAAAAUCACCCCUACCCCACUCUACAGAAGCCCCAGUCACAUGGUCACCUGUAUUCUACCUCACACUCCAGCGUGGGCUUUUUCCAGGAUAUGCCCUGAGCCUGUUCUGAAUGGCUGUUACCCCAGCCCCCCCCUCACAGUGUCUGCCUGGGAGGUAAGUCCAGACUGGGUGUCCAGGAGCUAGAGCCCAGAGAGGGUCCUGCCCCUUAUAACCAGCCACUGCAGGCCCCUAGCCCUCCCAGCUGUUUACUGGGACAGAGCACGAGAUGGCAGCUAUGCUGCCAGGGAGCUUGAAUACUUCUCUGCACAGGCCUGGGCCCUCAGACACCUGCUGAGAAGGGCAGGUUUCUUCAGGGCGCGCCCCCCCAGCUGUCAGGCAGCUGUGAGCUCCAGGGCAGACUGCAGUUCCCACCCCCUCGCCCGUGUUUGGAGUAAAGGGAUCAUCAGUGGAAGUGGAGAAGCCACUUGGGUUCUCCUAAGACCAGCCCUUCUUCUGGAGGGGCCAGUCUUGGAAGAAACCCAUAAUCCCUGGAGUGUGAAAAAGGGCAAAAGGAAAAAGCUGGCCUGGUUUCCUUCCUCCCUGAUAGGCACUUCCUCUUGCUCAGUGCAAUACCUGCCAGUGCUGCUAAAACCAGGGAUUCGCCCAGACCUCAGCAGGCCCACGGGGCCUCUCCAUGCGACACUCCGUAGCCAUGACAGCAGCUAUCUGCUGCUCGUCCCUGCCCAGAGCUGGCAGAAGCCCUCUGUUGCCUUUCCUCCCUCAGAGCAAAGAGGCCCCAGGGGAGCCAGGGCCGAGUGGCCCCUAGGAUGGCCGCAGAGAGCCACUUGACCCUGGAGCAGGCACCCCUUCCCAAACCAGCUUUUCUGCAGCCAACUUCCUCCUGGCACUGUGGCAGACCCCCUCAGGAGGAGUGGGAAGAGGGCACAAGUACGGAUGCCCCAUCCUGCCUCAGAUCCAGAAACUCUGAAAGGUAGGGUGCCCACUCCGUGCUUACUUUCAGCCCCUAGAGGUUGGGGGUGGUCUUAUCUCGAGUGGCCUCCAACACCUCACCCAGCCACACCACCUCUGCCUUCCACCUGACCAAUCCGCAGGCCUCCGGGCAGGGCCAGGACACCGAAACUCACCCUUAGCACAGCACAAGCUCCAGUGCCCAAGGCCUCCCCCACACCCGGCAUCCACACGUCCAGUCCCACCUGCUCAGUACUACUCCCGGAUGUUUGAAUUUGUGUAAAUAUUUAUUUUUGUGUGUGAACAAUACAACAAAGUAAUUGGUAGAUCUUUUGCAAAAUGUUACCCCAGGCAAUUUGUGAAAAUGUUAAACCCUGGCAGAGACAAUCGCCACCCUAGAAUUCCUGAUAUCAUUUGCUUAAUAUGUCACUCACUUCUCUCAGAGGCGGUGCCCAAGCUGGACAGGAACGGUUUGCAUUUCUUGACAGACAGAAGUGAGAAAGGCCAGGGAAGGGGCUCCCUCCCAACACCAACACAAGGGAAUUAGAUCUAAAGAUCAUACACGCUACCGUCUGAAGUUGAGUUUUUCUAAGUUCAAACUGUGGUGACUCCACCUCCAGCCUGCCUUAGUACUGCGGCAAGAGCGUGGGUUCAAUAUAUUUUAAAGAGAAAUUAGAGGACAUGCCAGUGGUAGAAGUCCACUGGGACUUCAGGGGACCCCUCCAGGAUGGUGGAUUUUGUCAUAUUGACCCCAGCUCUUGGGUGGGCUCCUUUGAAGUGAAGCUACACCUGAAGCCCUGGAGAUGGGUAGAAUGGGCAAGUUAGUGCAUGAAAACAGGAUUCCACUAGCUGGUUCAGUCAGGGAUCUUGUUCUGUUUUGCUUCUGUUUUAAAAGAUGCAGCUUCAACCCCUUCCCUCUUCUCCUGACUUGGAGAGCACCAAAAAGCUGGUUCUCACGAACCAAGCUCGCUGCUGUCUCACCCUCACCCAAGGGACGCCUUCUCCCAAAGCCCUGUGCCACAGCCAUUUAAAAAUCUUCUGGAGGUCCUCAGGGCACAAAAGUAAUCAUUUGGGAUCCUAAGUUAAAAAGGAAAUGCAAAGUAGUAAUUCCGGAGUCUUUGCAGGGGGCUAAUCCCACAAAAAGGGUAGAAUCAGUGAAGUGGGCCUUUGGUCUUAGUGGUGGAUCCUUGAGUAGACCAGUGAGAAGUGUGUGUAACCUGCUGGAAGUUCAUUUUACCAUCACCACUAUUACAAGGGACAGUUUACUCCCAAGGACAGUGUUGAGGGGGGAGGGUGACAGGUGGGGGAACUAGGAGGGUUUUAGAGGAUUUCAAACAACCCAUCCGUCCCUAUCCCCAAGGGCCACUUACAACUCCAGGGGUGGUUAUAGGAUUAACUACCAGUUCAUUUUCAAAAUGCUGCUUUGAACUCAGAGGGUUGAUACUUUUAAUUUGUAAUUUUUUUGUAAAACUUUUUACAGGAUAGUAAAGUAUUUCACCAGAAUACCAGUUUCAAUCCGUCCAUGGUCUGAUUUUUAUAUAAUUUAGUGGUGCUUUAGAAACUUUGUUUUUGUUGUUUCGAGCUAAAUAGCUCAAUCCUUUCUCGCCUGUAUCUACCUAAGACCAAUGUGAACCUUUGUAUUUUUGCUCCUAAUUUUGGACUCAGUGAAAGUGUACUGUUUACAUGUACAGAUGCCCUCAGUCCCUGUGUGUUCUGCAAGACUCGCUCUUGAGGAGGAAGAUGCACCUCACUAAGCUCAUCUGCUUAGCAAAGCCACAAAACAAAAACCUCUCACUUUUUACCUGUUUCCACCUAAAAAUAAAAACAAAAAACCUACACCACAUAGAACUCAGAUUUUGCUGAAAAACACUUUCCACCUGGUAGAUGGUCCAUGUGCUUCUGUCAUGUGGUCCAUUUAGGAACAAGAGUCAGAACACAGACCUCCCGCCAGCCCCUGGUGCGCCACCGCGCGGACAGAGAAGUGAAGGCAGGACCGCGCUGCAGAGCUGUGGGAUGAAGACAGUUCUCUGGGCAGCUUGGGAGUGAGAUGGUCAAGAUGACUCAUGUGGCCUUUAGGAUCAAGCCAACCAGGACUUAGGGACAACCCAAGAGGUCAUCAAUCCUCUAGCAUAAUUUAGACAUGUUUUGGAAGAGCGUGAGUUCUCUGAGAUGAGAUUUUAAGACUUUCAGUGCAGAUGGUACAAGUAUUUCUUGAGGGUUCCUCUGGGGGCAGCUCAUUCAUGAGGUGCCACCUCUAGGGAGGGACAGGGGCUCCAGACAGCGAGUAGAUGGCACUUAAAGCAAACAGUGGAUGGCACCAACUUUUAAAGGUGACUCUUUAUUAAUCAAUGGCUUCACCUCUAAAUUAUAUUUUUACAGAUAUGCACCUAUGCAACUUAACGUGGCUCUUCUAAGCAGGUGAGGACUUCCUCCUCAAUGCUCUCUAUAAAAAUUAUUUGUGUUCUAUAUAGUGAGUUUUUCCAGUAAAUGUGGCUUAAUAUUUUAAUUCUUAGAAUGUGUCUUCUCUACGUGAUGCGACUAAAUUCUGUUUUGUUUGUGGAAUGACUAGCACAGGCCGACUCCCUCUCUCCCUCACUUAACAAGACCAAUGAGCUGUUAAUCGAGCUGUUAUCUCCAUGGUAUUACUUGCUAAAUGCACUGAUUUCAUAAGUAUGUGGAAUCCUUUUCCUUUUGAACCUGUAUAUCAUAUAUAAGACUGAAUCUACUUAAUAAACACUGAACAGCAAACCGAA